AUGCAGUCUGUGGUUAAACCAGUUCUUGGUCCUAGGAAAGAGGUUUCUGACCUCACGGGCCGUGUCGCCGUUGUAAUAGGUGGAGCACUGGGCAUUGGCUAUGAGAUAUCCCGGGCCUUUGUUUUGAAUGGCGCCCGGGUUAUCAUGGUCAAUCGGAAAGAGGAGCAAGGUGACGAAGCAGUCAAAAAGAUCAAGAAAGAAGCCGGUGAUGAUGCAAACAUCCAAUGGAUCCCGUGCGACAUGGGAGACUUGAAGCAGACAAAGGAAAGGUUCACCAAGAUACGAUCGGAGGAAAAUCGACUUGAUUUGCUGGUGCUAUCCGCUGGUAUCAAUGCAAACCAAUACGGCGAGACGAACGACGGAAUUGACCGCCAUUUCCAAGUAAACUGGCUGGGCCAAUUUUAUGUCUGCAAUCUGCUUUACCCACUGUUGCGCAAAACAUCCAAGUUCCCCGACACACCCGCCCCUCGAAUUGUAUUCUUAUCAUCAGAGCAGCAUCGCUCCUCACAGAAAGCCGUUCACUUUGCUUCACUCGAUGAAAUUAAUAACCCCAAAAUGGGCCCUGUUGAGCUUUACGGCAGGUCCAAGCUGGCAAUCAUCCUAGGAGUCAAGUACGGACUCGUGGAGCGUGUUAUCAAACCAAACAAGGAUAACAUUUACGCUCUCUCAGUGCAUCCGGGGGCGGUCAAUACCGCCAUGCAGCAGCAAUGGAAGGAGGCCUAUCCGGGAAUUACAGGAAAGCUUAUCACAUCAGCUAUGCUUGCCAUGGGUCGUGAUGUUGAACAAGGCUCCUUCAGCGCUUUAUAUGCCGCAUCCAGCCCGGAUAUUGAAGAGAGGGGAUGGAAUGGAUACUACCUGACCGACCCUGGUGAAAAGGGCAAGGAAUCUGCUCAAGCUUCUAAUGCCAAUCUGGGGGCUGCACUUUGGAACUUAAGCCAGCAAAUUAUCAAGGAGAAGGUUGGUGAUGACGCCAUCACCAACUGGAGCGCAGCAAUUGUUUAA